AUGUCUUCCAUCGCCACAGCACGCCGGGGUCCCGACAUGCCGCCAAACGCCGAGGUCGUCCAAGCUUUGAUGCGCCUUGUCCAGCAACACCUUCCUGGCGUGUCUCUUGCUGGAGCGAUCACAGUCGAGGUUGUACAUCGAGCCAUCGAUGUAAUCAAGAAACACAUUUUAUCCAUCUUGGGAACCGGAUUCCUCACUGCAGCUGCCGCGACCCUUCUCCCCUCCUUGCUUGUCGUUGCGGUCAAUGCCAUCGGAUUUACAGCUGCAGGAGUGCUCAAAGGGACCCUGGCAGCCACUCUUCAGUCUAUGUUCUGGGGAGCGAACACUGGCGGAAUUUUCUCCGGCUUGCAGGCCUUCGGAGCAACUGCCGCUAUCGCAUCGCCUGCAGUGAUUGGCAUCGGAGUUGCAUUUGGAGUUAUCGGUGCCGGACUAUUGGGCUAUAGGUGGUACAAGAAGCGUCAGGCGCGUGCCAUCGCAGCCGCUGCCAGUGGUGGGAGCGACGACUCUGAUGAUGACCAGAAGACUUCGAAGAGGCAGGUGGCAGUAAGACAGAGAACCAGUCUCUUCGAUUUGUUCCGCCGUCGCCCCAAGGUUGAUUAG